GAGAGCAUGAGGACACGGAAAAAAGUAGCUGUAAUAAAAAGGAGGAUCUGUCACUAUUCCAUGUCUUUAUGAUGAGAAGUACAAAGCAAAAAAAAAAGUACUGGUGCAAAGGGUAACAUUGGUCUACCUGCAGUAUCGUAGCCUAUGUAAACUCAAGUGGAAAUCCAUCAGUCAUUGAUCAUCCAGAGCAGAAUUUGUUCACAGUGGAACUGAACUCUGUCUCUGAGUCUGGAACGGGUUGGUGUGCUGUAGAUAUUGGGGAUAAAUGGCAGCCGGAUGACCGUGAUUAUUUGUACCUCACGGUUAGUCAAGAUCCUGAUCUGUCAGUGAAUGAGAGUGAGAGGUGAGGAAGGAAGCAGCGUCACAGUCCAGUGUCUCUACAGUGCUGCGUAUCAGAAUACACAGAAGCAGUGGUGCAGAUUUAAAGAUGGACAAUGCAAAACAGUGAGGACUGAAACAUCCCAGAAUUCAGCAGUGUACAUCAGUGAUGUUGGGUGAAGAUCCUUCAGUGUGAGGAUGAGCAGACUGAAGAAGAGUGAUGCUGGAUGGUACUGGUGCAGUGCAGGAGAUCUGCAGGUUCCUGUUCACAUCAGUGUCAGUGAUCCACCUCCAGUGAUUACAUCAAAUACUACAACAGUGACUUCAACAGUGACUACAACAGUGACUUCAACAGUGACUACAACAGUGACUACAACAGUGACUACAACCGCCCAUCAAGAGAAUACGUACACAUCUGACUCAAAGCACAAUGCAGUGUUUGUGAAUUCAGUUCACAGCAGUGAUGAAACCACAGAGCCAGAGAUGUUCUGUAUCAUAAACAACUGAAGGACGUGAUCUUGGUGACAUCAAGAAUAUAAGAAGCUGGAAUGUUGGACUAUCUAUCUAUCUAUCUAUCUAUCUAUCUAUCUAUCUAUC